CGAGCGGUUUUCCAUUCUACGUCGAUCAAGAUAUAUUCGUGAAGAAUUAUCUUUAAAGAAAGUGAACAAAUCGUGAUUUCUGUAGAUUUAAGUGAGCUUUGGGAUAGAGAAACCGUCUUGCCUUCAAGCUAUCUGCGAUGGCUGCCAAUUACUGGGAAUCGAGUCAACGAAAACACUGGCAAUUUACACGAGAACAAUUGGAGGAUUUACGAUCCAAACUUGAAGAUGAAGAUCAAGCUCUGGUACAAGCAUAUCCUCUGCCACAACUCAGACACUUGAGUAUAUAUUUUAAUCAACAAAUGACUCGACUUGGAAAACGUCUCGGUGUGCGACAGCAAGCAAUGGCUACGGCACAAUUGUACAUUCGUCGAUUUUACUCAAAGGUCGAAAUUCGGAAAACGAACCCAUAUUUAGUUCUCGCAACAGCAGUAUAUUUGGCAUGUAAAAUGGAAGAAUGUCCACAUCACAUCAGGCUCGUGGUUAGUGAAGGUAGAGGUUUAUGGCCUGAAUAUUUCAGUAAUGAUACUUCGAGGCUUGGGGAAUGUGAAUUCUUUUUGAUCUCCGAAAUGAGUUCACAAAUGAUUGUCCAUCAUCCUUAUAGGAGUUUGACUGCUCUUCAAGGGACUUUCUCCCUCACAGCAGAAGAAUCCAAUCUUGCUUGGUCUAUUGUAAAUGAUCAUUACAUGACGGAUUUACCUCUAUUUUACGCGCCACAUACCAUUGCUAUUAUGGCUAUUCUUCUAGCGCUUGUACUUCGCCCAAAUGCGACUGGAAUCCAAUCUGCUAGUGGUUCCUCGGCUAGCAAUAUUGCAAGUGCCGCACAAGCUGCAUUAACGACUGCUGGUCAAGCGAAAGGCGGAACUCCUGAGAGACAAGGAGGAAGAACUAAAGUUCAAAAAUUAGCAAGUUGGCUCGCUGAAAGUACUAUUGAUGUCGAAGCGAUUGUUGAUUGCACGCAAGAAAUGAUAUCAUUUUAUGAAGCUCAAGAGCACUACAAUGAAAAGCUUACAAGGGAACAAAUAAAUCGAUUUAUUAAAGCUCGAGGUUUGGAUAAGUGAAUCAAAUUUCUGAGAUGGGAUGCGGAAUGGAUGAGAUUUCGAAGCGUUUCAGCCGCAUGCAUUGGAAAGAUCCUAUUUGAUGAAGCAAAGGGAAGAGGGGAGUGGAUGUUACACACAGUCCGAAAUAUGAAGCCUCUCUGAAUUCGAACUAGAGCGACAAAAGUCCUCUCCUUGUUGGCAGCGUGGAAACAGAAAAAUGUUGAAUUUCAUCCCGGCAAUUAUCCAAGCAAUCUUCGAGGUAGUCAUGCCCGAUAUACAGAGGAAAGAAUCGUAGCCAAAAUUAAACGCUAUGGAGACGAGAAGACCUAUCAUCAGCUGUUUGGACAAGCUUGAUCUGACUACAUUGCAUGGCAUAGCAUAUCCAUUACAGCCACCCUAGCAUUGUUCGAAUUUCUCUCCAAACUCCACUUGACCAUUCAGGCAACUGGAUAUUGAGCAAUUUAUUGGCCACUUGCUGGAUAGAUCUCCAUAUCGCGAGAUUUCCAUGUCGCAAACAUCACAUUCGAUCUCAAUAUCGACACGUGUCUCGAAAUUUGGGGGAAGAAUAGAGUAUACUAGGAUUCGAUUUGAAUGUUUUUGAAGACAUUCACAAUGUGUUUUGUAUGACGUGGCGGGGAUAACAGGUGAUUGGUCUAGGGUGUUGAAGGUGCGGAGACUGGAGACAGGAGAUAGAAAUUAUAAUACAAUAUUCAUGAAGUACUUGAGAAUACAUUUACGUGUUG